UCAGCAUCCAAGUCAGAGUUCGUACGUCGCGCAGUUCAAUCGCCACUCGAAAUGUCGCGCCUGGUCAACCUAUCCGUAAUGUUCCUCCUCGUCUUGGUGUGCCUGGGAGCCACCUUUGCCAAGCCGCACGAGGAGAUGACCAAGGACCAUGCCACCGAGCUGGCCAACGAGUGCAAGGCGGAGACGGGCGCCACUGAUGAGGAUGUGGAGCAAAUGAUGAAGCAUGAAGCGCCCGAGGGACACGAGGCCAAGUGCCUGAGCGCCUGCGUGUUGAAGAAGUUCCAGAUUAUGGAUGACACUGGCAAGCUGAACAAGGAGAACGCCGUCGAAAUGGUCAAAGCCAUGAGCAAGCACGAUGCUGAGAAGGAGGACGCCCCCGCCGAGGUGGUGGACAAGUGCGAGGCCAUCGAUGCACCGGAGGAUCAUUGCGACGCAGCAGCUGCCUUCCAAGGUUGCAUCUACGAGCAAAUAAAGGAGCACGGACUCGAGCUGGAGGAACACUGAAAACAGAUUUGAGACCCAUACUGAACCCGUUACAGAAUCACAAGCGCCCCCUCUGGAAUAUAACCAUCAUUUUUUUUAUGUGUAUACUAGUGUUUAAGUAAGCGAUAAACUGAGAAACUGCAGAAGAAAA